ACCGUUCGCGAGAAAGAAGUUGUUUGUUAGACAUGCCGGGCCAGAGGUGUUGUGUAUGUGGAAAUUCUCGAGCGAACGAACCAGCAGUAGGAUUUCACCGCUUUCCCCAAAAGAACCUCGAGAGGAGAGCUGUGUGGUUAAGCGUGUUUGGCAAGACCGAGGACGAUGUCACAUCUAACAGCCGGGUUUGUUCGAGGCACUUUCCAGGUGGAGCAGCCACCAGCGCAAAUCAGACAGCCGUGCUCUCUACCAUGUACCUGUCAGCUGUGGGUUAUGGCAUGGUGUUUGGUGGAAUAUACAUCAAUAGCACAUCUGAUGACGAUGUAACAGAUCAAUUAAAAGAUUAUGAUAACGGUUUAAAGCUCAUGUUUGCUGGAGGGAUUGUUACUACUUUAUUCUUGGUAUGUUGUGUGUUAGUGUUUAUUGUAUAAUAUCAGAGAGUCGGUUAGACUCUCUAUAUAGGGACGACACGGUGAAAUCUCACGUG